AUGAUUUUGUCAUUUCAGGGAUUUUUUCUCUCUGUAGCUAAAGGUGGGAUGACCUUUGACACAAUAAAUUUAGGGGAUUUCCCCCUCUCUGGGCCUAUUAUAAUGUUAGCUGUUGAUGCAGUGUUAUAUGGACUGUUGGCGUUUUAUUUAGAUAGAGUCAUACCAGGAGAAUAUGGUGUACGAUAUAAACCUUGGUAUUUUUUACUACCGUCAUUUUGGUGUGGCGAUAACCGGAAAUCAGGGGAGCUAACUUCGUUAAUAGAUAAUAAACAUGUUAAUAUCAACGAGGAGGAUAAGGACGGAGAUAUUGAAAUGGUGUCAACUGAUUUAGAGAAUAAAGCAGCCUUAAGGAUUUUCAACAUUCGCAAGACAUUUGAAAAUUCUGAUAAAGAAGAUGUACAUGCUGUCGAUGGCAUUUCACUGGAUAUAUACCAAGGGCAGAUAACUGGUUUAUUGGGUCAUAAUGGAGCAGGAAAGACAACUCUGAUUAAUAUGUUAUGUGGUUUGACUCCUCCUUCUCAAGGCUCAGCUAUCAUCAAUAAUUUGGAUAUAACUAAUAAUAAUGAUUUAGAAAAGAUACGAGCUACAGCUGGUAUUUGUCCACAACAUAAUAUAUUAUAUGAUGAUCUAUCCUGUCGAGAACAUCUUCAGGUUUUCGCUGGUAUUAAAGGUGUGCAACCUAAUCUCGUAAAAAGUGAGAUUGAGAGAUCGUUAAAAGAAGUAGGAUUGACGGAUCAGGCUGAAGUCUACUCGAAAGAUUUAAGUGGGGGACAGAAACGGAAAUUAUCAGUAGCCAUUGCUCUUAUUGGUGAUCCCAAGAUUAUUAUACUAGAUGAACCGACGGCUGGAAUGGAUCCCUACUCUAGAAGACAACUCUGGUCCUUGUUAAAGAACAGUAAAGAAGGAAAGGUUAUCUUGUUGACCACACAUUUCAUGGAUGAAGCUGACAUUUUGGCUGAUAGAAAAGCUAUAAUCAGUAAAGGACAGUUGAGAUGUUGUGGGUCCUCUCUAUUUUUGAAGAGUAAAUUUGGUAUCGGAUAUCAUCUCAAUAUGGUAGUAGAACCCGAGGUGUGUAAAGUUAAUGAAAUAACUGAGAUAUUAAAACAAAAUGUUGACGGUGUAGAAUUACAGAGAUCACAUGGUAAAGAAUUGUCCUAUACUGUACCAAUGACUGAGAUUGAUAAAUUUUCAGGUAAGCAAGCAUUUUAUCAAGAUCGCCACAAAAUUUCUAAAAUAUAA